AUUGAAUUUUAGGCGUUUUAUACUCUUAAUUAUGGCUCAAACUGCCGGUGUCAAGCCUAUGACCAUUGCUGGUCGGGUGGCAUCAGAAAGGGAAAGAUGUAUUGGAAUGACUGACGCUGAACGACAGUGGCGGAAACAAUGGUUAAAGGAUCAAGUAUUGGCUCCAAAUGAACCUGUGCAUGUUGAAGAAUACUGGAAAGAACGUACCAAUCCUAUACGUCGUUUGUAUCGCAAACCUUUAGAUGCUCUUUUUGAAAAACUAUCACCUGUUUUGGGAGUAAAUCGCGCGGCAGAUUAUAGAUAUAUCACAGGAAAACUUGGCUUUAUUGCUGUUGGUGUGUUAGCAGCACAUUACUAUUUUAAAUAUGGAGGAAAUGACUGGACUAAAAAGGGAGGCUGGAGAGUGGUGACAUCAAAGCCAAUUGUUUUGCCUGGUCAGCCUAGAUUCCCUUUUAAAUCUGAACGAGUUAGUGAUGCCGAUUAUGCUGACAGAGGUUUCAAAGAUUCUGUACUUAUUAAGUGAGCUACUUGAUUAGAUUACUUUUUUUUUAAUAUGUAUUUAUUAGAAAAAAUCAUGUAAGGAAAACAUUGUUAGAUAUUUUAUGUGAAUAAAAAAUAAUCAAUAUUUUAUGCAAAGUGUAUUCCUUCUGAAUUAAAAGCAUGUAGUAGCUUCAUAAA